AUGCCUCCGACUCGCCCGCAACGCUCCAACUCGGCAAGACAAUCCACGAAUCGCCAUCGAUCAACCCUGUCCCUCACCAAGACCGAGGUCACCAUUCAUGUCUAUGACCUGCUGCCGCCCGGGAGGUUAUCCACCGUCCUGUGGUCCGUAGGCGCAUCCCUCCUGCACUCGGGCGUCGUCAUCAACGGCCGCGAAUACGCCUACGGCGGCCACGACCGCCGCGGCAUGACCGGCGUCUACUGGACGAGCCCCAAGACCGAGCCCCCCGGCGGCACCUUCAAGUGCGAGAUCCUGCACGGCUUCACCUUUAUGACCGAGGAGGAGAUUGAGAAGAUCCUCGACGACGUGUCCAAGGAGUUCCAGGGCACCUCGUACAACCUCCUCACGCGCAACUGCAACCACUUCACGUCGGAGCUCUGCCUGAAGCUGACGGGGCAGAGCGGGCCGGGCUGGCUCAAUCGCGCGGCCAGCAUUGGCGUUGCGCUGCCCUGUGUCGUGCCGAGGGAGUGGAUCGACCCGCCCGAGUACGACAUGGUCGACGGCGAGCUCCUGGACGAGGACGACGAUGAGGAUGACGGGACCCACGAAGGGUCUCGUAUGCUCAAGCAGUCUCCGCCCAGGUUCCACGGCGAACCACGCCCCCAGGAGGAACAAGAGUCGGGAUGGGGGAGCGAAGACGACAGACGGCACGGAGGCAGCGGCAAGGGGAAGCAAGUCGAACGAGAUCAAGCCGGCCGGACAUUGCCGGCAUCAGAGAGGGCGCCGAGGCCAUAA